AUGGCGACUGUGUCAACCGCCCCGUCGGACCUGCCUCUGGAGCAGCUCUCCUUGUACCAUGCCUCCGACACCUACCUCUCCUCCGUCUUUGUCUUCUACGGCCCCGUCGCCACAGCAAAUGCCACCGUCAGCAGCUCGCGCAUCCAGGCGCAUAUCUUGACCCCCGCCGGCUUCCAAAGUUACCCGCGCAUCACCGUCUCUCCCGCCGCCCCCUUGUAUGCCGCAGUCAACCAUCUACCCAGGGACAAACAAGGCGAUGAGGUCUGCCGAGGUCUCGCGGUCAGCAUGUUGAAGUACUUCGCAGAGCUGUCCGACCCCGCCAAGGAGUGCCUGCAGGCCAUCGCCCGUGCCGGCAAGCCAGGCGUGAAGCUUCCCAGGCUUUUCGAUGAGAUGCACGCCGCGGAACUCGCCAAUCGCAUGACGAAGGUCGACCAGACAGCGGACAUAGUGCGCGAUGUGCGGGGGGCGUUCCAAGAGCGCAGGGUUCCGUGGGUCGAUAUCGACGUCGUCCUCCCCGUUGGCGUGAUCCAGCCGCCUCCCCAGCCCGAUAACGAUGAUGAUGUGCAGGAUGGUAAUGUGGACUUUUAUGAUACUCCUGAUCUCCAAUAUGGACGGUAUUCAGCGCUGGUUCGAUCGCUGGGAGCGCCGAUGUUUCUGCCAACAUCCCGACUCAAGCGCGCCCCGUCACAGCCGACCAACGUGAGCAAGUCAAAGCUCUUCUCCAAAAGCCAGAAACAGGCCCUUCGCCUGACCAUGUGCGAGCUGGUGGAUACGGAGGAACGAUAUGUGAACAAGCUCUAUACCCUGGUGUGCAAUGUGGCGGAGGAGUACCGGUUAAAGGCCCAGGCACGGGUCCCGUCCAGUACCAGCCCCAACGAAGCUGAUCUGGCCACGCUUUUUCCGCCCUGCUUGAAUGAGAUUUUGGAGGUGAACAUGGGAUUCCUGGAGGUGAUUCGGCAGAUUCUCGAGGAGACGGAGAAAGAUGCGAUCGAUGAUAUUACAGAGGAUACACAACUCCCGUCGUCUGUGUCACAGCGAUCAAUCUCAAAGGAGGAAAAGGAUGCGAUUGGUGCGGUGGCAUUUGCGAACGCGCUUCUAGAAUGGCUCCCCCGGUUUUCGCAGCCUUACGCCGAUUAUAUGCGGGCCCACACCGGCUUCACGCAGACGCUCAACUCGUUCAUGAGGGAUAAAAACUCGAGCUUCUCCCGGCGUGUCUACGAGACCGGGGAGCAAAAGCUGCGCUCUCUCCUCAUGGAGCCCGUGCAGCGUCUUCCUCGCUACAGUCUCCUGAUUGACACAAUGACAAGCAGUCUCCCUUUGGUCCAUCCCGCCGUGCGACCACUGCUGAAGGCGCGCGAUGUCGUCAAGGAUAUUUGCUCGCUGGACGACUCUUCCUCGACGAACCACGACCAGAGCUUUCGACGCCUGAAAGAGUUGGUGGACGGAUGGCCGUCAACCAUCCUGCCCACUGGCCGCCUGAUCACCGCCGUUGAUUUCAACGAGCUGUCCCCUCCGUACCACCUCGACGAACCAACCGCAGAGCCCAGCGCAGGGAUUAUGCUGAUAUACAAAAACUGCCUCGUCUUGCUGGCGAAGGCUUUGGGGAGUCGGACGACGGCACGAGGUCUCUUGGCUGACUUGGAUAACGCUGCAGCGACGGCCAAUGCCGCGGCCAACUCCCCGGUCGUGACUGAGCUCCGAGUGGUGCAAGUGUACGACCUGCACACCGUGCGGUGCAUGCAAUCUACGUGUGGACGCAUUCUGUUUCUAGCCCCCACAUCCGCUAAGUCGAGACCAGACCAGAACACCACUGUAGACCUGCUCGCCUUAGAGCCAAUUUCCAUGUAUGAAGGUCGCGCGAGCCGAAUAAUUGAGGAGAUCGUGAAAGCAAAGAUCGAGGGUCGCUUUUCCGAGAGCGAGCGGGAGAAUGGCAAAUGGUCGCUGCGAAGUCCCACCGGUACUGUUGGCAACCUUGGUAUCCUGGCCUGUGUGUUCGAGGAAGAGCCGGAGGAAGCCAAGAAGAGGGCCAGUUCGUCGAAGAUAAGGGUUGUGUUCGAUACUCCGAGGGCGACCUGCAGUCAAACGCUGAGCAACUCGGAUGUGGAGGUGAUCGUGUCGUUGUCCGUGGCGGGUGAAGACCAAUAUCGAGUGGACAUAGAGUCAGUAGUUGGCAACGCUUCCUCAGAUAUCGUCACGGUGGAUAGCUUCGUUCCCGUGCUCUCCAAGCGCCUGUUGAACGUUCUUCUGCCUCUGCAUGGACCUCGGAAUCGCACCAUGACGGAGUCGGUCGUGCACUCCAAUUUCGAGAUCCUGCGUUAUCUUGCUGGUCACCUCAUGUCCCAAUUCAAGGUCCCACGUGGGUUUCGGCCCCCGUCCCCCUCGAAACUCCUAUCCAGCCUUCUCGGUGGGAACCAGGCAAAGGACGGCAAUGCGACCAGCUCAAAGCUGCCCAGUUCGGCGACAUUGCUGGGCGAAUUCCCGAAAAUGCCGCCCCCCCGAGGCAAUAUGUCGCGAUCCAACACGCUACCCUCGGUCUUCCCGGGGAAAGAGGAGGGCCCGAUCAAGAUCUCUGUUGUAGGCGCUGCACCUUCGAAAGGACAGGAAAGCCCGUUCAGCGUCUUGGAGCAGACGUUUGCUGCUUAUGCACUCGCUUUGCAAUCUCGCAGUGGAAAUAUUGUCGGACGAUCUCUCCGGGGAAGAGACAAUGUUGAUCGGUCGUCGGUGAAUGAACUGUACAACAUCCUGUUGGAAGAUCCUGGGAAGAUCCAAGCCGCGGCAGAGGUGCCUGUGGAUACACUCUUUGUGGCCUUUGAAACAUUCAUGGCCAACGCUUGGAGAGAACAUAUGGGCCCAGUCUUGGACCCGUCCUCGUUGAAAUCGCUUCAGACUCAGUUCGACACCCUGUUCCCUCGGGACUUUGAGGAGAACUUUCGAAAGUUCCUGGCGGACAUGAGCCCCCAGAAUCGCCGCGCUCUCGCUUCCUUGAUCCGGCUGCUGGCGGAACUACUUGAUGCCUCGGGGAGUGAUGGCGACCGGGGUGCUUUGACGGCGGCCUUUGCAGAGGUCCUAACGGUCGAAGGAGACCCGAUGCAGCACAUCUCCCUUCUGGACCGGCUGGUGGACGAAUUUGAUAAUCUGUUCGACGAAUACAUCCCAGGUGGUGCAUCAUUGGAAGGAACGCUGAACUGCGACCAGACAAAACCCGUCUCUCAAACCGCGGGUUCCAUAAACUCCAAUGCGUCCUCGUUCAGGAAGCGCUUCGGGUUCAGCCUGCAUCGGGAGAACUCGAAGACUGAGAGCGAGAGCAAGGUCUCGUCAAUCCUGAGGACGCUAAGCAAAACCAAGGGUUCUGGAGACUCGGAACCUGGCACACCAAAGGGCUCGCUGCUUCGGUCCAAAUCGAUCGAUAUCGAUACUGGGCUAGGCUCUCUCCUCCGACCGGGCUCCCGCGACCGUCCUGGCUCCUCACUCUCGCAGGAACAUCUUCGACGACCAGGCAGUUCCCAAGAGAAGCCGCCCUCUCUCUCCUCCAUUCGCGGCAUCUCGACAAAUGGAAUUGUGAAGGUGCGUAGAAAGAGGAGGAGCUCUCUGUCCGACCUCCGACCAGGCACAGCAUCUUCCGAGGCUUCUGUUGUAUCAUCAAGUCAAGAGCAGCGACCCGCGACACCAUCCUCCAUUUCCAACCAGCCUCGCACAGAAACGACGACCCCUGCCGGGCAGGCACGACCGCAGACCAGCCAUGAAUCAGGCUCUACAGCUCGGAGCACAUCUCCAGCGAAGACCGGCUCGCCCACUCGGCUGGCCUCGCCGUCUCGACGGUCCCCAACCCGCCCAGUCACCCCCAGCCGCAAGGAAAACAUCGAUCCAAAAUUACCGCAGACAGAACGCGUUUCCCGGAAGAAGGGAGAUACGUCCGUAUCGCCUACGCAGGAGACCAAGAGGAGGUCCCGCGCGACCAGUAUACCUUCGUCCCGGGCACCCGGCUUGAAAGAGCGGCCGGUCCAGGUGAAUGGCACAGACCCAAGACGCUUGCAGCCCACGUCGUCUUCCCAGAAGACGCCAAAGCUGCGGUUGCAAAGUCCACAGAAGCUUCGGGAUCGUCUCAAUAGCGAGAAAAGAGCGCAAAGCGUCGCAGAGUUGGGCUUGAAGGACGAAUUAGACCUCAUCGGUGAAGAGCUACGAGCAAUGAGGCUUACGCCGUCAAUAGCCAAGGAUGGACAAAGCCCGACGCCACUCGAAGAACCAUUCUCCCCAACCGCCAAUACCGCCCUAAUGUCUCGUGUUCGCAACCUGGAGCUGAAGUUUGACACUCUCUCCGGGGACUUCAGAGGCCGGACCGCUGCCAUCGAAAAGGACCUGGAAUCGUCGCUUGUGGUCAGCGAGAAACGAGCCAAGAAGCUGGAUGAGUUGUAUCGUGAGGCCAGCGCGGAAAACGAGGCGCUCUACGACCGAUUUAACUCGGAGCUGAGCAAAAUCGCCAAAGACGCGCGAGCAGGAAACGUCGAGGAGGCGCUCAAAUCGCAGCUGUCUUCGGCCUUGGAAGAAGUCGGGAGACUGAAGAAGGAGAAUUUCCGAUUGAAGCGCGAGGUUGGGGGGUUGCGCGCCCAGCAAGCAGCGGUGGCCUUGUUGAAGGCGAGCGAGUGA